GAAAGCUUGAAUGAAACUGUUCUUUUAUGUGGUGGGAUCAUCAUCUCGGAACCAGGUUCAAAAUUCUUGAAAAUAUGGAUCAACAAUUAUGUCGAUGAUCAAAGAUCAAAAUGGGGGUAUAAUAGUGGACGCAUGGCAGACAAAAUUGCUUCACGAUUUCCCGAAGAUAUUCACAUCAAGAUGACGUCUCUCAAUCGACCAUCACCGAAAGAAAUCAAUCUGAUAUUCCUGAUAUUCCCUACACACUAUAAUUGGCAUAACAAUUAUGCAAUUCAUCUUUUUGUGCGAAAGUGGAAAGAACACAUUCCAACUGAAAGUGAAAUCAAUGGUUCCGAUACAACAUUUGGGGAAAUUUCAAGAACAGUAUUGUACGGCUCCAAAAAGGAUUAGCUCCCAGGAUCGAA